GUCCACCCAACCUCUCUCUCUCUCUCCCUCUCCGUCUGUCUCUCUUAUAACCCUUCUCGCUUCGUUAGGCCGGCAGCUCCGAUCUCUCCGUCUUCGCCGAUCUCCGGUUCCGCCAGGAUUUCUUCGCCGGAAUCUGACAACAUUCUCCUCCUAUAAAUACCGAAUCUGAUCUCCUAGCUUCUUUGCUUGCUCUCCUUUCCUCCGUUCUAGAGAGAGAUAAUGGAGAAUCUGAUCACUUUGGUGAACAAAUUGCAGAGGGCUUGCACUGCCCUAGGCGACCACGGCGAGGAGAGCGCGUUGCCGACCCUAUGGGAUUCGCUGCCGGCGAUCGCCGUUGUCGGAGGACAGAGCUCAGGGAAGUCCUCUGUGUUGGAAAGCAUUGUAGGGAAGGACUUCUUACCACGUGGUUCUGGGAUUGUUACUAGGCGUCCACUAGUCUUACAACUUCAUAAAAUUGAUGAAGGAAGAGAAUAUGCAGAGUUUCUUCACCUCCCAAGGAAGAGAUUUACUGACUUCGCUCUUGUGAGGAAGGAAAUUUCUGAUGAGACCGAUCGAGAGACGGGCCGCAGCAAGCAAAUCUCAUCCGUCCCAAUUCAUCUUAGUAUUUAUUCUCCUAAUGUUGUAAACUUGACACUGAUUGAUCUUCCUGGACUUACAAAGGUAGCUGUUGAGGGUCAACCUGACAGCAUCGUGGCAGACAUUGAGAACAUGGUUCGCUCUUAUAUUGAAAAGCCCAAUAGUAUAAUUCUUGCAAUUUCACCUGCCAAUCAAGAUCUUGCCACCUCUGAUGCAAUUAAGAUCUCUCGAGAAGUAGACCCUAAAGGAGAGAGGACGUUUGGAGUAUUAACGAAGAUUGAUCUAAUGGACAAGGGUACUGACGCUGUUGAUAUAUUGGAAGGAAAAGCAUAUCGGCUACAAUUUCCAUGGAUCGGUGUUGUUAAUCGCUCUCAAGCUGACAUCAACAAGAGCGUUGACAUGAUCGCUGCUCGGCGUAGGGAGCGGGAGUAUUUUGCAAAUACCCCAGAGUACAGGCAUCUUGCUCAUAGGAUGGGUUCUGAAUAUUUGGGGAAGAUUCUUUCAAAGCAUCUGGAAUCUGUGAUCAAGUCCCGCAUCCCAGGCAUCCAGUCUCUUAUCAAUAAAAGUAUUGCUGAACUUGAAGCAGAAUUAAGCCGUCUUGGAAAGCCUGUUGCCACAGAUGCUGGAGGAAAAUUAUACAUGAUCAUGGAGAUUUGUCGUGUUUUUGAUCAAAUUUACAAAGAACAUCUUGAUGGCGUACGCCCUGGUGGUGAUAAGAUCUACAAUGUCUUUGAUAACCAACUUCCUGCCGCUCUAAAAAGGCUGCAAUUUGACAAACAUCUAUCCAUGGAGAAUGUAAGAAAGCUAAUCACCGAGGCUGAUGGUUACCAGCCUCAUCUGAUAGCGCCUGAACAAGGAUACCGCCGUCUCAUUGAAUGUUCUCUAGUUACGAUUAGAGGUCCUGCUGAGGCAGCUGUUGAUGCGGUUCAUUCUAUUCUCAAGGAGCUGGUUCACAAGGCUAUUAGUGAGACUGCUGAGCUGAAGCAAUAUCCCUCUCUCAGAGUGGAGGUCGGAAAUGCAGCUUUUGAAUCAUUGGAGAGGAUGCGCGAAGAGAGCAAGAAAGCAACUCUAAAGCUAGUCGAUAUGGAGUCCAGUUAUCUGACUGUUGAUUUCUUCAGGAAGCUUCCACAAGAUAUUGAGAAGGGCGGAAAUCCAACACAUUCAAUUUUUGAUAGAUACAAUGAUUCAUAUCUGAGGAGAAUAGGGUCAACCGUUUUGCAAUAUGUCAAUAUGGUUUGUGCAACCUUGCGGAACUCAAUUCCAAAGUCAGUUGUUUAUUGUCAAGUGCGCGAGGCCAAGCGCACCCUACUUGACCAUUUCUUCACUGAUUUGGGUAAAAAGGAUCCUAAGCAGUUGGGAAAGCUGUUGGACGAGGAUCCGGCGGUCAUGGAGCGUAGGGUUGCCCUUUCCAAGAGGCUAGAUCUGUAUAGAAAUGCCCAGUCAGAGAUCGACACUGUCGCAUGGGCUAAGUAGAGAUACAUAUUAUAUACAUGGACAGAGAGAGAAGGGGAGAACUUGGAACUUGAAGAGAGAGAGAGAGAGAGAGAGAGAGAGAGAGAGAGAGAGAGAGAGAGAGAGAGCUUUUGAGUUUGAGAUAUGUGGGAUUGUGAUUCUUUCAUUCAUGUCUAGACAUUUAAGAGGGGUAGUAGCAACGAGGCUGAAUUUGCUGCCAUUUAGUCAUCUUCCUCGUUGACAGAACCAAUAUAGGAUUGUAUUUUUAUUCAAUUUCUCAUUUCACCACCAGACUGCUUAGGCUUA